AUGAAUAAAUCUAAUCACUUUAUAUCUGGAAGUCAAGAUAAUUCAAUCAUAAUAUGGUCGAUGAAUCAAAACAAUUAAUGGAUUAACUAAUAGAAAUUAAAUGGACAUUGUGGAACAAUAUUUUGUUUAAUUUUGAAUAAUAAUGAAGAUUUGAUCAUUUCAGGUAGUAGUGAUAAGACUAUUAAAUUUUGGAUAAAGUAGAAUCAAUAAUGGCUAUGUUAAUAAACUAUCACAGAUCAUACUAGUAGUGUAUAUGGAUUAAGUAUAAAUUAACAAUAGAAUAAAGUGAUUUCAUGUGGAUGUGAUGGAUAAAUAUUAAUAAUAGAACAAUCAUAAUAGGAUUCUAAAUGGAUUGUAAUCUAAAAGAUAAAGGUUGAAACAUAUGGUAGAAGAAUAUGCUUUAUAAAUGAUAAUGUAUUCAUAUUUUAACCAAAUUGUAAAGAAUAAAUGCAUGUUUAUGAAAUGAAUAAUACUAAUAAAUAGUAUUUAAAGACAAAAGAUAUUCUUGUUAAAGGGGGUGUAAGUGAUGAUUAUUGUUUAUUUCCUUAAUAGCAUAUAAAAUCAAAAUGCUUGGUUGUAAAUAAAAAUGGAAAGUAUGUGAAUUUGAUAAGGACAAAGGAAAAUGGAGAGUUUAAAACUGAAUAAUCCAUUGAAUUUGGACAUUAAAAUUUAUUUGGAUGUAUGAGUGAUGAUGGGUAGUAUUUAAUUACUUGGGAUUAUAGUUCAAAAGAAAUUCAGAUUAGAAAAUACAAUGAAAUAUGA